AUGGGUAACGACGGCGGCUCCAUCCCCAAGCGUCGCGAGCUCGUCAAGAAUGCGGCGCGCGCUCCCACAACAUCCGAACUGAAAGCGACGGCCCUUGAAUCACUGUCCCACGCCUGGGCUCACUGCGCUCUCAGCGGCGAAUUCCUCGAUGUUGAUACUCUUGUCUCCGACUGGCGCGGCCGUCUAUACAACUAUGAAGCGAUCAUCAAAGGUCUUAUGCCCUCCGAUGAACCAGUUGACGUCAACCCCGCGAGCCUGGGUAUCAAGUCACUACGAGACGUGGCGAAGCUCAAGGUUUCCAAGAACGGCGACAAGUGGGUGUGCCCCAUCUCUAUGAAGGAGCUUGGCCCUGCUGUCAAGUCUGUGUACUUGGUACCUUGCGGACAUGUCUUUGCCGAUGUCGCUAUGAAGGAGAUCCAAGAAAAGGCGUGUCCGGAGUGCGGUGCCGAAUUCGAGCAAGAUAACAUCGUUCCACUUCUUGCAAACGCCGAGGCGGAUAUCGAGCGAUUGGAGAAGCGAAUCGAGAACCUCAAGAGUCAAGGGCUUACACAUACCCUGAAGAAGGACAAGUCGGAAAAGAAGAAGAAGCGCAAGGGCGAUGAUGUAGAGAAGGAAGACAAGGCUGCGAAAGAUAAGAAGCCAGACGAUUCCAGGAUCAGUGGUAUCAACAAUGAAUUUGCGGCAUCGUUAACGGCCAGGGUAUUGGCUGAGCAGGAUGAGAGGAAUAAGAGGAGAAAAUUGGUGGCAGAGUCUGCGAGACGAGAGACUGCUAGAGGUUGA